CCUCGCUCACUUGUUUCUUUUUUAAACUUUUUCCUCUCUUGUCGCUUUAUUUAUUUUUGAGCUUUUUUCUUAUUUUUUUGCAGCGGAAUUUUGGAUUUUUCUUGGACAGACCACCACUCCAAAAAAUUGACUCUUAUCGCCUCUCUUCCCAACUUUCAGCAAUUUUUUUUUUGUACACCAGAGCAACCCAACCCCACCCUAAACUCGGUUGUUGCUCCCUUUGAGUUGCUCAAAUAAAAAAUAGAAGACCAUGGGGAAAUCCAAACGGAAAUCAGUCAACGCCUAUCCCAAUAAUCUUGCUCAUCUAAUACCCGCCACCGACCAAGCUUGCACAGCCUGUAUUCAAACAAGACACGGCAAUAAUCACAUCUAUACCAACAUCGGUGACUCGCAUCUCGUCGUCGUUAAUCCUUAUCAACCCAUCGCUUACAAUGAUGAACAAACCAGCCUCGAAUACGUUGCCCUGUACAAAGAUACCCACCCUCACCUACCUCAGGAACCACAUCUUUACGGUUUGAUCAACCGUGUCUACUUUCGUAUGCGACGUACCACCGAAGAUCAAUGCGUUAUAUUGUGUGGUGAAUCGGGCAGUGGGAAGACAGAGAUCCGGCAAUUGGCACUCCGCCACCUCGUGAAACUCAGUUGUACCAAGAAAGAAUCCAAGGCACAGACGCAAGUGAUGCAUUCGCAGACAGUAUUGCACGCUUUUGGCACCGCGGCCACGGUUCAGAAUACGCAAGCUACACGAUACGGCUACUAUACUGAACUUCAAUUCAACGAACGGGGUCGCAUGACUGGGGCCAAGACACUGCAUUACUGCUUGGAUACAUCCCAUGUUGUCAGCCGCGGCGGCAAUAACUUUGCCGUCUUUUACAUGCUGCUAACCGGCUGCGAUCCAGAAGAACGUCGCAUACUCCAGCUUGCCGGUGAUGCAUCCAUGUACCAGUAUUUGAAACGAGCUAGACCGGCACCAGCGGAUGCGUCUCGCGAUACCUUGGACACUCUCAAACAUGCUUUGAAAGCCGUGGGCUGUCGAAAAGACCACGUGAGCCGCAUUUUCCAGUUACUUGCUGCCAUCCUGCAUCUCGGUAACCUGAUAUUUGUUGAUCCCACCGGGGCGCGGACCGAAGAAGCCGCGUAUGUGAAAAAUGAGGAAACCUUGGCCCUCGUCGCCGACCUCGUCGGUUUGGAUCCCGUGGCCCUGGAAAAUAUCUUGGCGUACAAAACCACUCUCAUUCGAAAAGACGUCACCACCCUUAUUCUCAAUGCCGAUCAAGCGAGCCUCCAGCGCGAUCAAUUAGCCCAAUGUCUAUAUUCUCUUCUUUUCUCUUGGCUCAUUGAGCGGUUCAAUGCCAAACUUUGCCGUGACGAAUUCAAUAGCUACAUUGGUUUACUGGACUUUCCCGGCCUUCAGCAGUCUCCCUCUGGGGCCAGUUUUCAAGACUUUUGUAUUAACUUGGCCGUUGAAAAAAUCCAUCAGACCUUGUAUUCUAACCUAUUUCCUUCGGAUUCUAUGCUGGAGGAAGCUUUAGGCUCGCCACUGCCAUUCCUCGAUCCCGCUCAUUGGACCGAUCUGUUAACCCGUAAAGCGGGCAUCUGCGCUCUGACCAAUACAAUGACAGAACAAUGGCAUAAAGGCAAGCGAAAGGUGACUGACGAACAUCUCGUCGAUACUCUUACUAAGUAUAACUCCAACCAUCCAUCGUUUGCUAUCCAAACGUCGUCUACCAAUGCUCGUCAUUUCACCGUGCGUCACUUUGUCGGUCCCGUUACCUACGAUCCCACUGGUUUUACCAGCCGCAACAGUAGCCAGAUCCCCAUCGACUUUGUCUCUGUGUUCCGAGGGAGUGCCGACAUGCCGCCCUGUUCCAAUGCGUUUGUCGCUGAACUUUUUUCAGACACCAUGUUGGCGGUGCAGCAUCAUCCAUCUCACACAUCCACCAUCGUUAGUGCUCAACCAAUGCAAAACCUUUCACGCCACCCUUCCACCAAAAAAACACGCAACGACGCGGACGAUACAAGCACAUCAAAAACCAGCUCGACUGUGCUGUCCCAAAUCCAACCCGCUUUGGAUGGCCUUGAAUCUUCUUUGCAAGAAUGCAACCUCUGGGGUAUAUUCUGCAUUCGGCCUAAUCAAAAUGGCCAUUCGACCCAAUUUGAUUCAAAGUACGUGCUAUCCCAAGUGCAAGCGUACCAUUUGACCACCAUUGCGGAACGCGCCAAGGUCGAUUACCCCGUGGCAUGGUCGCACCAAGAUUUCUUGGAUCGAUACGCUAUCCAGCUUCACGCUCUCGAUAUUGACCCUCAUCGUCUGGCUCGGACUCGCCUCGACAUGGUCGCGGCCGCUUUAGCAUGGUCAUCCACCGACAUGUUGGUGGGAUCGGAAAAGGUCUAUCUGAGUUUCUCAGCGUGGCAUCAGUUGGAAAAUCAGAUGCGUGCUUGGGAAAAAGACGGUCAGCGCCAAGCCAGGGAUACAAGCAAGAGCAUGCAGGAUCCAGAUAAUUUACGUGCAGUGGCGGUGGCGGCAGGGUUGCCACCGCCCAUUCCUGCUUCUAUCACCACAGAGAGUCAGCGAUCGUUUUAUUCGGACGAUGACUACCAGCACGACAUGACCAGCACCGUGUAUCAAGAGAACGACGAAUCCUACUACGGCACCGAAUCCUAUGGCUAUUCAAACGAAACCGAAACCAAAGCGGCUAUUGGCACGAUUCCGCUCACGGAAAACCUGCAAGCGCCCUUGGAAGACGAAGACGAAGACAAGCAAACCAUGACUGCCGCGCGUAAACGGUGGCUGUUCUUUGUGUGGGCCGUUACCUGGUGGAUCCCCAAUCAGUGCUUGGUGUGGUGUGGUAAAAUGAAACGAAAAGACGUGCGCAUUGCUUGGCGUGAAAAGGUGGCUCUGUGUACCAUUAUCCUGUUCAUGUGCGGCUUUGUCAUUUGGUUCCUUGUGUUCUUUGGCGAACUGGUGUGUCCGCAUCAACAGGUGUUUUCCGAAACCGAAUUGCAGGCUCACGAUAAACAUGACAGCGAAAAGACAUACGUGGCGAUCCGAGGCGAAGUGUUUGAUUUGGGUGGUUUUGCCCCACGCCACUAUCUGAGCGGGAUCAUUCCUACCGAAAAAGUCCUGGAUUACGGUGGCAAGGAUGCCACGGAUCUGUUUCCCGUGCAAGUAUCGGCGCUUUGUGAAGGCAUCAGCGGCGAGGUAUCACCGUACGUGUCGCUGGAUUACCGUCGCAACCUCAGUGACACCAAUGGCCAGUACCACGAUUUUCGCUUCACGUCCCAGGUGUACGAACCUAACUGGUACUAUAACCAAAUCAGCAUGUUGCGAAGAAACUACAAAGUGGGUCACAUGGCGUAUGAAAGCAAAGCCGUCCAUGAUCAAGCCACCACUGCUACCAAGGUGAACGACAUCAAGACGACGCGCAACUGGGCCAUUCUAGAUAAUCACGUCUACGAUCUCACGGCUUACACAAUGGGAGGACGGUACGCGGCCGGUCCACCUGGAGAACUCGUUCCUUCGGGGAUUGACACCAACUUCAUGGAAACAUCGGUGGUGAACCUGUUUUGGCAAAAAUCAGGCACCGAUAUCACCAAGGAAUUUUACGCUUUGAAAUUGGACGGCGCUACCAAGCAACGACAACUGGUGUGCUUGCGCAACCUCUUUUUUGUAGGCAUGCUCGAUACUCGAAAUUCGGCCAAAUGCCAGUUUUCCACCUACCUCUUAUUAAUCGUCACCUGUCUUUUGGCGAGUGUCAUUGUGUUUAAAUUCCUGGCCGCCUUGCGUAUCAGCAGCCCGCGGGCCCCGGAAGAGCACGACAAAUUCGUGAUUUGUCAAAUCACUUGCUACACCGAAGACGAAGAAUCGCUGCGAAAGACCAUUGAUUCCAUUGCCACCCUCACGUACGACGAUAAACGCAAGCUAAUGUUUAUUAUCUGCGACGGCAUGAUUAUCGGUAGCGGCAACGAUCUGCCCACACCUCGCAUCGUGCUCAAUAUUCUGGGUGUCGAUGCUCACGUGGAUCCGGAACCGUUGUCGUUUGUGUCAGUGGGCGAAGGGCAAAAACAGCACAAUAUGGGCAAAAUCUACUCUGGAUUGUACGAAGUGUCGGGUCAUGUUGUGCCGUACAUCGUGGUGGUGAAAUGCGGCAAGCCCACAGAACGUCAGAAACCCGGCAACCGCGGUAAACGUGAUUCGCAAUUGAUCCUCAUGCAGUUCCUCAACCGUGUUCACCACGAUGCCCCCAUGAACCCAUUGCAGCUGGAAGUCUAUCAUCAGAUGAAAAAUGUGAUUGGCGUGAGUCCCAGUUUCUACGAAUUCGUGCUCAUGGUCGAUGCCGACACCGAAGUCAUGCCAACGGGCUUGAAUUAUCUCGUGUCCAGCAUGGUCCACGAUUCCAAAAUUAUUGGCAUCUGCGGCGAAACCACCCUUGCCAAUGAAAAGGAUACGUGGGUGACCAUGAUUCAGGUGUACGAGUACUUUAUUUCUCACCACAUGAUCAAAGCCUUUGAAUCCCUGUUCUCGACGGUCAGUUGCUUGCCGGGUUGUUUCACCAUGUAUCGCGUCCGCACCGUCGAUAAGAAACGCGCGUUGUUUGUCAGCAACGAGGUGAUUGCCGAUUACUCGGUCAAUGUCGUCGAUACGCUGCACAAGAAGAACUUGCUCCACCUCGGCGAAGAUCGGUACCUGACCACGCUCCUGUUGAAACACUUUCCUCACUUCAAGACCAAAUUCACGGCCGACGCUCAGUGCAAGACCAAUGCCCCGGAUUUAUGGAGUGUGCUUGUCUCGCAACGCCGUCGAUGGAUCAAUUCCACCAUUCACAAUUUGGGAGAACUGGUGUUCCUUCCUCAACUGUGCGGUUUCUGUUGUUUCUCCAUGCGUUUUGUCGUAAUGCUCGACCUGAUCAGUACCUUGGUAAUGCCGGCCAUCAUGGGUUAUCUCGGUUACCUCAUCUACACCUUGGCCACGUAUGACGGCGAUAAUAUUCCCAUCAUUUCCAUUGCCACCAUUGCCGGAACGUACGGUCUGCAGGCCCUGCUUUUCAUCCUGAAGCGAAAAUGGGAGUACAUUGGAUGGAUGCUGGUAUCGAUCCUGGCCAUUCCGGUGUUUUCGUUCUACAUUCCCAUUUACGCGUACUGGCACUUUGACGAUUUUUCAUGGGGCAACACGCGUGUCGUUGUAGGCGAAAAGGGUCGCAAAGUGGCAGUGGCGGACGAAGGCGAAUUUGAUCCCAAAACCAUCCCGACCAUGACAUGGGCCGAGUACGAAACGUCCUUGCUGGGCCACGACUGGAACGACAGUGAAUCGUAUUACAGCAGCCCCCAAGGUACCGGUCCCCUUUACGGCUCUACCAUCCAACUCCCACCACCGACAGCCCCAUCGAUGCAAUCCGGUAUCAUAGAUCAUGCCUUGCUCCCCUCGGCUGCGACUUCCCUGCCUGGACUUCCGUUGGCACCCGUGGCUACAGCGCCUUCGGUGGUUCCACGCUCCAUGGCCUCGCGCCCCGUCUCGGCAAUGACCAAAUCCACGUCGGCCAACUUGAUGAUGAACCGUAACAGACAGUCGCUCGUCAUGGAUGGAUUCGCUUUAAAUGAUGCCCAAGCCGGGCCCAACAAUGAGCAAAUCUUUACCGAAAUCAAACGGAUCCUGAGUGUCGCCGACCUGACCCAGAUCACCAAGAAACAGGUCCGAGAAGAACUCCAAGCCAUCUUUGGCGUUUCCAUGGCAGGCAAAAAAGACUAUAUUAACAUGUGCAUUGAACACAUCCUGCAAGGUGGUGGUGUCUAAUUCCUAUCUUUAUUUUUUUUUCCUUUCAAUCCUCAUUCCUCUUGCUGUUGUACAGAUGCAUUUUUUCAUGGCAAUAAUUUUUUCUUCUUCUUCCCCUUUUGUACACUAUCCAUAUUUACAGCAUUCAAUAUCAAAAUAGAAACACCGAGAACGUCCUUACAAAUGCUAUAAAGAACGUCACAUAUUUGAAUGGCCUUUAAGAAUACUACAAGCUAAACAGCUGUGCAUGCUACUCAUAAACGGUGGG